GAGGUUACUCGUGAUGGCCAUGUUCAGGCAUUGUUUCAAUAAAGUGAAUCAUCUUAUCAUUCCUCGUGAGGCAGCUAGAAAUCUCAGUUCAACAUCUGUCACAUGUAAACAUUUUUGUGCAGAAUGGAAGAAAUCAAAAUUUGGUGGAGAAUGGAGAAUUAAACAAGGUAAAGCGAUGGAUGGCGCCACCUAUGGACCCCUCACAGACUUGCCUGAUUAUACCUAUCUAGAUGGACGUCCAACACCACUGAGUACAGGGCAAUUACGGAGACGAGAGAUGAACAAAGAAAUGGCGAAAAAUGUGAUGCAAAUGAUGGGGGAACUGGAAUUUAUUCAAAAGACUUCAGAGGAAAAACGACAAAAAAAGAAGGACAGAGAAAUUAAGACAAAAAAUAUGUUGAGUUUCAAACCUAAAGGAAAACGAAGUCACAAAUCUGUUGAAGAAAAAAGAAGUGUCUGAAUAAAAAUGGUCAACAAACAUUCAAAGGAAUACUUGAAGAGUGUUCUCACAUCUGACUGUAGAUUGUUUGUCAAUCAUUUGAAGGAAAUAUAUGAAGAGUGUUAUCAUAUCUGACUGUAGAUGUGGUUCAACUUAUAGACAGUGUUUCUGUCGCCUCAUCUGCAGAAAUCUGUAUACCAGGUAGUUCACUGGGUUUUUUUUUUUAAAGUAUAUUCAAAAUAUACUUUUUGAACAAUA